UACGUAGGUAUUGGACUGAUGAAUAACAUUACAGUGUAUCGAUAAUUUCAUUAAUUUAAACCGAAAGAUUUUCAGAAGGAACUUCAUGUGAGUGAUACGUACAUCGAAAAGUUAAAUACAGAAAGAAAUGUUUCAUCUUAGGCCCUUAUUCGAGGAAACUUUUCGAUUGUGUUUGUUUUUUUAUCAAUUCUAAUUUUCAGUUUAGAUUAUUUAUAGACUUUCGUAUGGUCGGUAUAAUGAUACUUUUCUGAGGAUUUACUCAUCAUUGAACCUUUUUAUAUUAUUCAGAAAGGUACACGAAUCUGUCCAACGAAAGAUCAGAGGAGCUGAGAGUGAAACUCAUCGAGCAGAGGUAAUUAUGAAACUGUUUCUACAACGAACAGGUGGUUGAUAUUUUUAAUCAGUACCUAAUCAUACAGUCAAUUAGCAAACCACUAAAGUUGGACGUUUUUUCUCACCAUUGUACCGUCGAAUUAUGCAUACAAACGAGUACUAAAUAUAUAUUGAGUUAUCAGUUAGUAUCAGCUGUACUUGAAUCAAUUUAACCGGUAAAGGCAUAUCCCUGAUUUAACGCGAAUGUGACGAUCUAAGGAAGCACCGAAGCACUCUUUUCAGUAGUAUGUUUUGUUUUCAAAGGUUUCUAAAUAUACGAAGAAAUGAAAAAAAAUAUAUCCAAAAUAUUGAUAGCCAAUCGUGGCGAAAUCGCUUGUCGUAUCAUACGUUCAGCCAGAAAAUUGGGCAUCAAAACUGUAUCAGUUUAUAGCGAAGUGGAUCGUAAUGCUCGUAAUGUAUUAGAGUCUGACGAAGCUUACUGCAUCGGUCCAGCUCCGUCCAGUCAAAGUUACCUCAAUCAGAACAAAUUGAUCAGUCUAGCUAAAAAUACCAACUGCGAUGCCGUCCAUCCAGGUUACGGAUUUUUAUCAGAAAAUGCAACUUUUGCCGAAUUCUGUGAACGAAACGGUUUAGUGUUCAUUGGCCCUCCUGCCAGUGCUAUCAGAGAUAUGGGAAUUAAAAGUACUUCGAAAAGAAUCAUGUCCGAAGCUGGAGUACCUGUAAUUCCCGGUUAUCACGCCGAAGACCAAGAUAACUCGGUUCUACGAUUAGAAGCUGGUAAGAUUGGAUUCCCCGUCAUGAUCAAAGCGAUUUUAGGGGGCGGUGGCAAAGGUAUGAGAAUUAGUUUACGAGAAGACGAUUUCAUAUCGCAGCUGGAAUCUGCUCGAAGAGAAUCGUUGAGUUCGUUCGGAGACGAAAACGUUCUACUGGAGAAAUACAUCCAGGCUCCGAGACACGUAGAAGUACAAGUGUUCGCCGAUCAGUACGGUAACUGUGUUCAUUUAAACGAACGAGACUGCAGUAUUCAACGACGACAUCAAAAAGUUAUCGAAGAAGCUCCGGCGCCUAGAAUUGAUUCCAUACUGAGAGAGCAAAUCGGUUCGGCUGCAGUUCGUGCAGCUAAAGCUGUCAAUUAUGUGGGAGCAGGGACUGUAGAGUUCAUCUACGACGAACCGACCAAUAAUUUUUAUUUUAUGGAGAUGAACACCAGACUUCAAGUAGAACAUCCCAUUACUGAGAUGAUUACCGGGACCGAUUUAGUGGAAUGGCAAAUUAGAGUGGCUAGUGGUGAAGAGUUGCCUUUAAAACAAGACCAAAUACCUCUGAAAGGACAUUCCGUCGAAGCUAGAAUUUAUGCAGAAGACACCUACAGUGGAUUUUUACCCAGCGCUGGACAUCUUUCUUAUCUCAACUUGCCUGAACAAUCGGAUGGUGUACGAGUAGAAACUGGGGUUCGUGAAAAUGACGAAGUAUCUGUACACUACGAUCCGAUGAUUGCCAAAUUAGUCGUUUGGGCAGAAACACGUAGUGAAGCGUUUGCUAAGCUACAUUCGAAACUAUUAGAAUGCCAUAUCGUUGGUUUGAAUACGAAUCUGGAAUUUUUAUCGAAAUUAUGCUCCAAUCGUAACUUACUCGAUGGAAAAAUUGAUACUAGUUUUAUUGAUUCAAAUAAAGAGGACCUUUUGCAAAGACUAGAACCCAAACCCGAAGAAAUAGUCCAGGCUGCUUUAGGAUUAAUAUUACGUGAAAAUGAAUUAAGCAUCGAAAAAGCAGCGCAGUCUGGUGAUCCAUACGAUCCGUUUUUGACUUUACGAGGAUUCAGAGUAAAUCAUCUUUUUACUAGAGACUUGAAAAUGAUCGGAAACGCUGGCAAAGAUUACAAUUUGAAAAUAACGUACAAUAAAUCCAACUCGUAUACGAUUCAAAUCAACGGUUCUGAUGAGAUAUACCACGUCGAAGGAGUACUCGAAAAAAAUCCCCAUAACAGAACGUCAUUAGUGAGCCAUUUCGCUGAUAUGGUAACGAAAUGUAAUAUUCAUUUCGAAGACGAUUUUAUACAUAUUUUCACUCAAAAUGGAACGUUUAGUUUUGAAAUAUGGCGCUCUAAAUUGACCGAAAAGACCACCAAUGUAAACGUUAAUGACGCUGUAUCACCAAUGCCCGGUAUUGUUAACAAGAUUCUAGUUAAAGUUGGCGAUAAAAUAUCAGCAGGUGAUGCCGUCAUGAUUGUGAUUGCUAUGAAAAUGGAGCUUGUCAUUAAAGCUUCCAAAGAUGGAAUUGUUCAAGAAGUUCUGUACGAUGUUGGUGGCAAAGUUCCAAAAGGCGUACCUGUGAUAAAGUAUUGAGAGUUUAUGGUUACCCGAAUAUUUAAAGUAAUUUUUAGGUUUUAGAAUACUUAUGUUUCGAGUCUUUUAUAUAAUUAUGCAUUUUUUAAUGUUGGAAGUCUCAGGUUUGGAUGUAGUAAGAGUCAUUUACAUAAUCUGUGAAAACAUUGUCUUAAUCACUUUGAGUGAUCAGUAGUCUGAGAAGCUAUCAUGUGCAUGUUGAAGAUUUUCAAUUUUUUUUGUCUGUUUAAAAUUUUUGGCCAUUCCUAUUAUCCCAAUUUUGGAGGGUUUCUUCAAGAUCACAUAUUCUAUCAUCCUUUGGGUUGUUCACCGUAGUUUUGGGAUUUUUAGCCUCAUAAUUUACAAUUAGAUAUUUAAGCCUGUGAUAAUUUCAUAUUUUAUGGUUAUUGGUAACGGAUUUUUCGUUUUUAUCAUUGUUUAUAUAUUUUUCUAUUCCGUUCAUCGGACCUCAUAAAUUUUUAAAACUUA